AUGGAGGGCUGCACACGUUUGCGCCUCCCCUCACGGAGAACGGCAAGAGGCAGGGAGACUACCAACCACGUGGCGGUUCAGGUCUUGCAGCGCAGCGUAGAAAGCGCUCUUCUAAGGCAGGAGCCUUCCACCGCCAAAGGCAGAGCUUUCUUAGCAGUGGUUGAGGAGUUAGCACCGCAACUGAGUGAGGGUUCCCGUCAGGCCACUUGGUGUUAUGAUACGUUAGAGGCCAUCAGCGGAGUUUGGGCAGAGGCCAACAAGAUCCAGCUCUUCCCGCUCACGGUAGACGCCUUGCACAAGUACGCGCUCGUGCUGGAUGCGAAAGACUGUGGGCCCGUUGUGCCCACCGUCAUUCCGUCCUUCCGUACGGCAGUAAAGUGGGUCCUGUAUGGCUUCAAGGGAGCCCCGGCUUGGUGGUCGGAGUACAGGGAUGCAAAGCUGCUAACAGCCAAGAUCAAGCAAGACCAGAAAUUGGUGGGUUACCCAGUGACCUACGCGGACGAUUUCUUGAUUCUCAGCGAAGGGUUCCUGGAAUGCAGUGUGCGGCUACGAGGAUGGUCACUUCAGUUUGGACCAGGAGUCGCACAAGCUACCCGACAGUGCAAGGUUCAAAGUGAUAUGCCCGCGAAAGCUACGACGGAAGAGGACUCACCUGGGCAGCCAGAUGAGCAGGUCAUCAAGGACUACAAGCCCCACUUGCGACCCGAGAAGGAUGCAGCGCUUUUGAGGUGUUUGGCGUUCCAGCGGGUUUGGAAAGCCUCCAAACAAGCGCUGAUCGCACUCAGCUCGUCGGAAGCUGAGCUGACGCAGGCAGUGGAAGGUUGCAUGUACGGGGAGUCAUUGAUGACCGUUCUGGCCGAUCUGGGCAUGGAGUACCAGCCGGCCGAGCUUCACCUGGACAACACGGCUUCCAUUUCUUUCAUUGGAGGUGCAGGCAACCAAAGGACGAGGCGUUUUAAAAUCAAGGGCCCCAAGAUUCGCCAGCUAAUUCAGUCUGGUUGGGUGGUCAAGCACUGCAAGGGAGAGUACCAAAAAGCUGAUCUCCUUACAAAGCCUCUUCCCUCUGCUCGCGUUCGCUUUCUAUGUGGGCUUAUUCAGCUGGGUGGGGACUCUGAGCCUACGUUGACAUCAACUCCUGCGGUGAGACAAGUGAGCGCAUCAACAACAUCAUGCUUCCAGAGUCUUUCGGUGUUGCUGCACGCGUGCUUGUGUGUAGGUGGUCCGAGUGAGGAGGAGCAGUCUGCAACAGAGGUUGCCAUAGAGUGGCCAUGGGAACUUGGUGUUUUGACCUUGUUGAUCGUCCUUUCAACCCUGUUUCUGUGGGAGGCGUUCAAGUCGCCAUGCAGCAGAAGAGUUGCGGAGCCAACCGCGCACUUUAGGGCUGUUGCUUUGGACAAGAAAGACAGACGAGCACGAAGGCUCCAAGAGCGGGUUGCGGCGGCAAUUGAUAGUGCCGUCAGUGAGAGCCCCACUAGCGAUGAGCCCCGAGCCACCACAAGGAAGAGCCGGAACAAGUGCCCGGUGAACGGGGAGCCAGCAGGAACGGGAGGACAGAGCCCUCCUACUGUUGUGUAUGGAGGCAUCAACAUGACUUUGAAUCUGGAGCUGCACUGCGCAACUCGUUGUGCGAGCUCACCUUUGCGUCCCGGCUGGCAUUUUCACAUCAAGGGAGGGAUUCAGAGCCAAAUCGCAGCGCCCAAUGGGAAAGAAGCUUUCGUGUGCCUGCUGACUUCGAGUGCAGCCGGCAGCAAGAGAUUCGCAGACCAACUCUUGAAGUUGGUAGCGGAGCAUUGCGCCAAAGCACUUGCAGGAACCGGCGCCACUACGGGGAAAGCCGACCAGUACGUUCCCGUCUUUGACAACAGCCAGCGCUCGUACAAGGAGUUUCGGAAGCGAUGUGAGUUGUACCGCGUCAAGAUGGAGCUCGCCGGCAGGAAGCAGGAGACGAUCUUCAAUAUCGUCACGCUCUUGACCGGCAAGGCCUGGGACAUGAUCGACGACAUGAGCACCGAGACCUUUCAGAGCGAUGGUGGCUACAACGCCGUGUUCGAGCGCUUGGACCGCGGCUUCAAGUACGAGCCGCUCACCGAGCUGCCCGAGGACUUUGAGACCUUCUUUGUCAAGCUGAACCGCAAGCCCAGCCAGACGUUGCAGGAGUAUGCCGCCGAGUUCUCCAGAUCUGAGCGGCAGCUGCGCGUGACCCACUCGGUCACUCUCCCUGAGAAGGUCCUUUCGUGGUGGUUUCUUCGGCGGAGCGGCAUCGGACGUGAACAACAACCUGGUGCUCACGAACGUCGGUGCCGACAACCUCACCCUGGAGAAUGUCCAGAAGGCCAUGAACUUCAUAUUGGGACAGGACUCUCGCCUGGAACCGAGGUGGAGCAAGAUGACUACUACGACGACUUCCCGGCCGAGGACUGGGAACCAGCGUACUGGCAGGACGACGGCGACGCCGGCACGCCAUGGCCGGACCACGACGAGGACUACUACGACCACGAGGCCAACAACGCCGUCGAGGAGGAGAUCUUCGAUGUGAGCGAGUUCGACGAGGUCUAUGCCUCCUACACGGAUGCCAAGGCCAAGCUCAACAACUUGCGCGUGAGCCGUGGCUUCUACCCUGUGGUUGCCCUGGUGGACCGUGGCCAAGGAGGUGGAGCUCGCCCCGGAGGUGCUGGAAAAGGCCGCGGCAAAGGAAAGCGCGGCAAAGAGAAGGGCAAGGGUACCGGCGGUGGAAAGCAAGGGCCUGUCUCGCCCAAGGGGUCCACAGCGAAGGCCCGUGGCAGACAGGCCGUGGGCAGGCAAAUCUGCCUGCGAUGCGGACAGUCAGGACACUGGGCAAGGAACUGCCCUUCGGCGACCACCGGCGACAAGAAGCGGAAGAUGGAGGACGAGGACGACGUGAUGAUGAUUGCCGAGAGCUACGCCUUGAACGACGAGGACCACGAGGACGAGUCCAACAACCGAGCUGUUCAAGAUGGUGGUGCUGCCAGUGUGUUGGGGAGCACCGUGGCCGUCCGCAACUACCUGAGGUACCUCCUCGAAAAGGGUGUGGAUCUCUCCGGCAUCCCCUGCUUUCCUUGUGCCAAGAACUUUCGCUUUGGCAACUCGGCCACCGGUGGUGCAAGCAAGUGUCUCCUCUUGCCCAUGGUGCUGGAGGACCGCAAGCUGCAGAUCCUGACGUAUGUCAUCGAGGGCAAUGCUCCUUUGCUCUUUGGCCGGCCCCUGCUCAAGCAAUUGGGGGUCACCGUGGACUACGAGAACGAGACAAUGAGGAUCAAGGACGGUGAGUGGAAGCCAAUACCGUUGGGUUCCCGAGGCGAGCACCAACUGAUCCUUUCGGAAGACGUGACCCGCCUCCUCGACGACACCCCGUACGACGAGAUCCUGGCGCCCGACGAUUACACGAACCAUGUCGAUGUGACGGCUCCUGAGAAUAUCGGCGAGUUCUUGCUCGUCCCUGAAGCCGUUGCUGCCUUUGAGGAAGCGAACCUUGGAAAGCACGCCGAGAACGACCCGGGGACCGCGAACAACAACGACAACACCGAGCCCAAUGACGGUAAAAAUGUGUUCCCUGCUUUUGCGCACGACUCCAACACUUUCGCCCCGACCCGGGGCACCGCGACCGAGACCGAGCCGAAGGUGACGAACGACAGCCACAACAACACGGAGAAGGAGGUGACUGCCUUGCCCGGCGGCCAGGUGAAAGCCCUAAGCAAGGGGAAGUUACGUGGAUUGAUCAUGCAAGCCCAGGCCGCAGCAAAGAAGCAGAAGAACCUCCUCGCCCAGGCCAGCAAGGUCAACGACGACAACAAGCGUGUGGUGUGGCAGGUGUUCUCCGGAGGAGGACGCCUCAGCAAAGAGGUUUCCCAGCAAGGUGGCAAGUCCCAAAACUUUUGCAAGAACACGGGCUGGAACCUGUCACAGCCAAAGGUCCGGAGAAGGCUCGUGCAGAAGGUGCAGGAAGAACAGCCCGAUGAGAUCCUUAUCACGCCUCCUGCGCGACUUUGGAGCCCUAUGCUGGACAAGGUGGUGAACGGCGACCCUGGCAAAGGACCUGAACUACGACGGCGACGCCAAGUUCACCACGACGAGAUCCUUGUGUUCACGGCGGUGCUCUUCGAGACCCAGCGCCGGGCACAGUGUCACAGUGGCUAUGUGGACCAAUGCGAGUACGGCCUCACCCUGCCCGACGGCAACAACAACGACAACAAGCUGAUGAAGAAGGCCAUUUGCUUCUUCAGCACAAGGCGGACGGUGGCCUACAAGUUACAGAGGCAAUGCAAAGGGGACCACGACCACCACAGUGACAACGAUGAGCCUGCCAACCCAGACCUUCAUGAACAAGCUUCCGGCAACUACCCCCAGAAGCUAGCCGAGAACCUUGCAAAACUGCUGGUGUUCCCCGAGGUGGCCGACGACAUUCAUGCAACGACGGCUGCCCCACCUAGCGAUGCAGGUGACCUGCUGGACAGCGAGAUGGCGAACCCGGACCAGGAACCAACAGACAACACCGAGGACGUGAGCCGAAAGAACCGGGAACUUCGUUCGAAGGUAGGCAGCCAAGCCCUGAACUACGUGACCCGUCUCCACAAGAACCUUGGACACCCGAGCUCUGAUGUGCUGGUUCGCAUGCUGGAGGAAGUCCAAGCCACGACCAACGUGAUUGAGGCGGCAAAGGGCUAUGUGUGUCCAACGUGUUAUGCUCGACGACGUUCACCCGGUGUUCCCCCGGCAGCCGGCCUGAUGGCCCGCAACUUUGGCGACAGGCUUCUUGCCGACAGUGCCUGGAUUGACAUAGAAGGGGGCCGCCGUUGUGUUCUGACCGUGAUGGACCAGGCCACUCGCUAUGUGGCAGUGCGCCUUCUUGAGAGUGAGACAGCGACCGAGUUCAUCAAGGGCAUCGAGAGAUCAUGGAUAAAACAAUUUGGUGUACCAAAGAUGCUGCGCAUCGACGAGGCAAAGGGCUGGUCGUCCAAAGCACUGAGGGAAUGGAGCUCAACCAACAACAUCACCCUGGAGAUCGCCCCCGCCGAGUGCCACAACUGGCUGGGAGCAGUGGAGCGGAAGCACCAAGUGGUCCGCCGAGCCCUCGAGAUCUACAUGGAUGAGAAAGGCGGCCGCACGCUCAGCCACCUCAAGGAAGCCCUUGUGUAUGUGCCUGGCCAGAUCAACAACUUGAGCUUCGUGCGAGGGUUCACACCAAACCAAUGGGUCACUGGUCGCCAGCCGCUAACCUCUACAACCUUGAGCGGCGACUUCUUCAACCCCGGUGCUGACCCCAUGGACGAGCCCACAGACUUUGCCCGCCUACAACAGGUCCGACUUGCUGCGCAACAAGCGUUCCUACGUGCCGACACAGUUGCCCGCCUACGACGCUCCAUGAACCGGCUCUACAACGAGGUCAAGGACCAAGUGGCUGUGGGACAAAAGUGCUGGUACUGGCGCAUCCAAGGAACAGGCAUUCUACAAAAGUCCAAGUGGAGGGGACCGGCACGUGUGGUGGCCAUCGAGACCAACGACGAGAACAAACAAACUGUGGUCUGGAUCGCUCACGGCGCCAACUUGUUGCGGUGCGGGCCUCACCAAGUGCGACCACUUGUGCAAGACACCGGGUGUGCCCCUGUUGCAGACCCCUCUGCUGCUCUCGCCGACCUCUACGACAUCAGAGCCCGGAGCACCACCCAGUUUCGCGACGUCUACGAAUACGAACCGGUCCUUGAGGAUGCCCUGGGUGACAACGGCGAUCUACCUCACGACGUGGCCGAUUACUCACCGUCUCCCCCGGCUUCCGAUGCUGAUGACGAGCGCGGUUUGGAUGCAUUUCCCGUGCCUGGCGCCGCUGUUCUUUACCAGCAGUCGCAGCCGCGGCGGCGCCGCCACAGCAGCAUGGAAGAGCCGGAGCCGUCGCCCUCUGAAGCAGGAGUCCCACCCAACCCGCCCAAGCGCACGCGCGCUGAUCCUCCUGGCCUUGCUGCUCCUGUUCCCGCUUCGUCUUCUACUUCUCCUCCCCAAGAUGUCCCGCCCGCCGGGCUGGAUGCCGAGAUGGUGCCUGUGCCGUCCGAUGGGGACAGCGACCUGAUUGUCUCCGACGUGUAUGUGGUGGACGGUGGCCGGGCAGCUGACGACCUGCCGAAGGGCUGGACUAUCAUCGACGGGGAGAUUGCCAUGGAUGAGGUGUGGCUCUCCAGAGAGGUGAGCACCAAGAAGAUGACGGCGGAGGAGCGAGCAAACAUGAUGGAGGCCAAAAGGAAGGAACUCACGAGCUACUUUUCCAACAACGUUUGGGAGUUCACCGAGCUGGAGGAAGGAGACCGCGACCGGAUAGUGACGGCAAGAUGGGUUCUGACUUGGAAGGAGCCCGAGGCCGCCGGAGGAGUGCCGCGUGCAAAAGCACGCCUCGUUUUGCGAGGUUUUCAAGAUCCUGACUUAUUCUCCUUGGACAAGGCGAGCCCCACGGCAACCCGACAGUCGAAGAUGUUGGUCCUAGCCAUUUCGCCGAUAAUGGGCUGGCACCUGUACUGUGGAGAUGUUCGUACUGCCUUUCUGUCGGGGGCAAGCUUCGAGAGGAGGAUCAUUGUACGGCUUCCCACCGAUUGCGGUCCUCUUCUUGGAGCCACCCAUGGAGGCCCUGUCUUCAUGAAGAUGCUGAAGUCUGCCUACGGCCUGGCCGACGCUCCCUUGCUGUGGUUCCAAGAGGAGGGAAAGUUGGUAGGGGCCCUGAUCCUCCACGUCGACGACCUGUUGGCCUUCGACUUCGGCAAAUGGCAGGAGCUCCAGGAGGGGAAGCCUCUGGUCUACUGCGGAGGCAAGCUCACAAAGACCAAAGAGGGGAUCCUCUUGGACUACGGCGACUACCUCAAGAAAGUGCUGCCGAUCACGGUGCCCAAGAAAAGGGAUGUCUCUGAGAAGCUCAGCCCCGCCGAGAUCUCGAAGGUACGUGGGCUCAUAGGGGCUCUCCAGUGGCCCGCAAGCCAAGGAGUUCCGCCGCUAGCCGCGUCGGUGAGCAUCCUGGCUUCUACAGUGAACGCCAGUGACGGGAACUUGGUCACCGAGCUCAACAAGACCCUGCGCUUCGCCAAGACGAACUCCAAGCCCCUCCUCAUGAGCCGUGUUGCCAAGGGGUUGGAGGAUUUGUGUUUCCUGUGCUACAGCGACGCAGCUUUUGGGGUGCGACAGGACUGCGGCUCUCAAGGAGGCUACGUGUUGGUCCUCACCACCCGGGCAGCUCUGGAAGGAAAACGCGUGCCCUACAACCUCCUUUCGUGGCGCUCCUUUCGGUUGCCCAGGGUUUGCCGUUCGAGCCUUGCUGCCGAGAGCCAGGCAAGUGCCUUCGCCCUGGAUGAGCUGAUGAUGGCCAAGACGAUGCUGGCCCUUAUGUUUGACCCUCGUCUCGAUCCAAGGGCACCUUCCACAGCCAAGGACUUUGGCACCUCUGCUCUGGUGAUCGAUGCGAAGGCCCUCUACGACGCCAUCCUCAAGAAGGGCUUCACUUCGGGGCAGGACAAGCGGUCAGCGAUCGAGAUUCGCUGUGUUCAAGAGGAGCUCAGGGCCCUAGGCACUUCCCUUCGCUGGGUGUCUUCGGAGCAGAUGCUGGCUGAUGGUGCUACGAAAUUGGCUGCCCGACAGGGCAUGGCUGAUGCCUUGUACACCGGGAAGCUCUGCCUCACCUACGACAAGGAGUUUGUGGCGGCCAAGAAGAAAAGCUGGACAGAGCGCCAGCGUUCUGUUGCUGAAGCUUUCGGAGACAAAGCAUACGGCUCUCGCGCCGCCCGGCAGAUCUCCACGAUCCUCCUGGCCAACCACGUGACCACAACCGCUGGAGAGCUGAUGGAGCACGAGGUGCAGGUGGGUCUCUACGGCACGAUCCAGUACAACGCCACGACCAUGAUCCUGGUGACCUUCCUGGCGAUCCUCUUCGGCAUCAUCGCUGGAUGGGCGCUUCUACGUGGAUCCUCUACCUCUACGAGCACGACGCCUACCUCAACGAGCACAACGCCGACUUCCUCGAGUACCACGCCGACUCUGCGGACAGCUACGACGGGGACCCAGACCGACCCAGACCACUCACAGUUCAACCGCGGCCUCCGAACGAGAGACCACCACCACGACUGUAUGGUCCGGGAGCGCGACAAUGAGAUCGACCGCCUGCGCCACUACAAUGUGGAGCUGCGAGGAGAGAUUCAAGGCCUAGAGCGGCUGCUUGGUGAGGCACGUGCUGCGCCUCCACCUCCGGCUCCCGUGCAAGAUGGCAACGUUCACCUGGCUCCCACCGGCCGCGUGUACCAUACGACCGAACAGUGUGGACACCUGAACGGCACCGCUUUUCGAACUUUUCGCAAGUGUCGCGAUUGCCCUUAA